AUGACGGGGAUCGAGCGAUUGUAUCUUGGGGCAAGGAUGAAGAUUGACAUCACGCUCAAGCAUAAUGCUCAAGGAAUAGGUGAUCUCGUUGAUGACUGCAUGCGCCUGAGCAACUCCACAUGCCUUGAGUCGAUUUACAGGUUUUGUAAGGUUCUGACAAUGACAUCAACGUGCUCUCCAAUGUUCUCUAGGGUUGCGAAAGGCAAUGCUCUAGAGGUUCACUAUGAGAUCAAUGGCCAUCCAUACAACAAGCGGUACCAUCUAGCUGAUGGUAUAUAUCCUACGUGGUCUACAUUUGUGAAGAGAAUCCGCAACCCUGAAGAAGAGAAUUAUCGGAGGUUUGCGAAAGAACAAGAGGAUUGUGGGAAGGAUGUGGAGCGGGCAUUUUGUGAACCAGUCUAG